GUUCAGUAGUUUUUUCGUAAAAUAGAAAUAAACAUACAUACAUCCAGACAUCCAUCCUCACAAACUUUCACAUUUAUCAUAUAAGUAGGACAUCAUGCAGACAUCAAUUUCUGAACUUAACCUUCCAUAAAAUCUUAAAACAUAUCAUUUUACGAGCUUAACUGCUAAGUAAUAUAAAGUAAUCUAAAACUGGCUUGUUAAAGUAUUUUUACAUUUUAUCACCCAUACAGUAAAAAAAAGAAGUCCUCCGGAACCAGCAAAAUUUUAAAAGGGUUCUAUGAGAAAGAAAGAGUUUGGAAACCUUUGCUAUAACUAAAAUACAUUGCAGAGGUGAUCUCUUGAUAGUAUCACUUACUGCUUUGUCAGCAUCGUUGUCCUUAGAUAUCAGCUAUUAGAGGUUUGCUGUCACAACGUUUUUCAGUUUGGUCUCAUUUCUUUCGAUUAUUGCAGCUUUGACACCAUGAGCUGCAUAUUUUAUGGCAGUAGAAGCUCAAAAUGUCCAAUAGUGUCACUUACUGCUCUGUUAGCAUCAACCUCCUUAGCAACGUUUGCUAUUAUAACAAGAGGUCUGCUGCCGCUGCGUUCGCACUCUUCACUCACGUUUUUCAGUUUAGUCUCAUUUCUUCCAACUAUUGUAACUUUAGCACCAUGACUUGCAAAUUUUAUGGCAAUAGCAGCCCCAUGCUAGAACUGCCGCCGCUCAAUAAAAUAUCUUUAUCGUUACAACUCAUUGUGUACAAGUGGAAAUUUCGUAGAAAAUCGAAACACUUCUUUAUGAUAAAUUAUACAUGUUUAGUGACAACGAACGAACUUAAUUGUUUUAUUUCAAAUGAAAUAUCAUGAACAGGAUACAGUAUAGAUAGAAACAUAGACAAAAUCAUAUGACCGGCGGCAGUUCUGGCAUUGGGGCUGCUAUUGCCAUAAAAUUUGCAGCUCAUGGUACCAAAGUUGCAAUAGUUGGAAGAAAUGAGACUAAACUGAAAAACGUGAGUGAAGAGUGCGAACGCAGCGGCAGCAAACCUCUUGUUAUAAUAGCAGACGUUGCUAAGGAGGUCGAUGCUAACAGAGCAGUAAGAGACACGAUUGCACAUUUUGGAAAAAUUAACGUCCUCGUCAACAAUGCCGGUAUUGGUGGAAAUUCGAGUAUCAUGGCAAACGAUACUAUGACCGUCUUCGAUCGAAUCAUGUCUGUGAAUCUACGAGCAGCUGUCUACAUCACACACCUCACGGUGCCGUAUCUUAUUGAAACUAAAGGCAACAUUAUUAACGUUUCCAGUAUUGCUGCUACUUGCGUAUUAUCAAAAGGUGAUUAUGCCUAUUGUACGUCGAAAGCAGCUUUGGACCACUUUUCAAGGUGUAUUGCUUUGGAACUAGCCCCUAAAGGAGUCCGAGUUAAUACCGUCAAUCCUGGUCCUGUAAAAACUGAUUUUGUCGAAAAUAUGGGAACACUUAAUGCUUACUCAGAUGAUGUAUGGGAAAAAUUGAAGACUAUAAUGCCGCUUAAGAGAAUUGGGAAUUCCGAGGAAAUUGCUGAUCUUGUUAUAUUCGUAGCGAGUGAUAAUGCGGGGAGUGUUACUGGUAGUUCGUUCUUUUCUGACAAUGGAAGUCUUGUGAGAGGCGCCUUUGAAUAGUAAUACGACAAAAAUAUUAAAUAUGAUUUUGCAAUAAUCAUACUUUAGUCGUUCGUGGUUAUUUUAAUGUUUGCUUAGCUUCAAAAUUUUUGAUGCUUAAGUAUAAAAACAAAAUAUAAUUUGUUAAGGUUAAUUAUCAUGUAUGCGUUAUUAAGUUUCACACUAAAUUGCGUUUGCAACCUGAAAACUUUUUGGCAGUGUAUAGAUAAUGUUAUUUAGUGCUAAGAGACCACGUCAAUUUUAAGUUUAUUUCUUUCUGCAAUUCAAAUGUUUAUUUAUUUUUGAUGUUUAUAUAAUUUGAAAAUAAAAGUAUUUAACGGAUUUA